AGAGCGACGAGCCACGAACAGAUGUCCAGGACGUCUGUCAGGAGGUUUCUAACUUUUAAACGACGUGGAUGCAGGUGCAGAGCUGCACGAGUUACCUGAACAUCUAAGGCAGGGUGGAUCAGAGCCUUCAUUUAUUUCUGCCAAAAUACGAACCAGGCUCCACCAGAGGAUUUUUCCAGCCCCGGAGAAAUCAACUCCAUCGGCGGACUCACAGCUUUCUGACGCGCUGGUUGGCAGCUCCUCAGGCCCUCAGCCAGGAUGAAUGAUGUACAGGAAGCCACCUCUCCGGCCACCAGCGUCGGAGGCCCAGCCACUUGUGUCUCCAAAGUGGAACUGCGUGUGUCUUGUAAAGCGCUGCUGGACAGAGACACGCUGAACAAGUCAGACCCCUGUGUGGUUAUCAUGACACAGACCAACGGACAGUGGACUGAGCUGGACAGGACGGAAGUCAUCAAGUGCAACCUUCACCCGGUCUUCGCCAAGGUCUUCUCAUUGGACUACUACUUUGAGGAGGUUCAGAAGCUGCGUUUUGAAGUGUAUGACAUUCACGGCACUCACAGUAUUGGCACCAGAGACGACGACUUCCUGGGCGGGGUGGAGUGCACCCUUGGUCAGAUUGUGGCCCAAAAGAAGAUGGUGAAGCCUUUGUUGCUGAAGUACGGGAAAUAUGCGGGCAAAUCCACAAUCACGGUGCACGCUGAGGAGAUUUCUGGCAACAAUGGAUAUGUUGAGCUGUUUUUCUGUGCCAAGAAGCUUGAUGAUAAGGAUCUAUUCAGCAAGUCAGACCCAUUUUUGGAAAUUUACCGUGUCAAUGAUGAUGACACCGAACAGCUUGUACACAGAACAGAGGUGAUAAAAAACAACCUGAACCCUGUGUGGGAGCCGUUCAAAGUCUCUCUCAUAUCCCUCUGCAGCUGUGAUGAAGACCGUAAACUCAAGUGCCUCGUGUGGGAUUACGACUCCAGGGGGAAGCACGACUUCAUUGGAGAAUUCUACGCUACGUUCAGGGAAAUGCAGAAAAUUUCUAGCGGAAAUAAGGUAUCAUGGGAUUGUGUAAAUCCCAAGUAUAAACAGAAGAAGAGAAACUAUAAAAACUCAGGAGUUGUCAUCUUAACUGAGCUAAAGCUCCACAGAGUCUACUCCUUCUUGGAUUAUAUCAUGGGAGGAUGCCAAAUUCACUUCACGGUUGCAAUUGACUUCACAGCCUCCAAUGGAGACCCCAGAAACAGCUGCUCAUUACACUACAUCAACCCCUACCAGCCGAACGAGUACCUGAAGGCUCUGAUCGCUGUGGGCGAGAUCUGUCAAGACUAUGACAGCGACAAAAGAUUUUCAGCUUUGGGGUUUGGCGCCAGAAUUCCACCAAAUUAUGAGGUGUCACAUGACUUUGCCAUUAAUUUUAACCCAGAAGAUGAUGAAUGUGAAGAGAUCCAAGGAGUGGUUGAAGCAUACCAGAACUGCCUUCCUAAAAUCCAGCUGUACGGCCCGACCAACGUGUCUCCCAUCAUCAACAGGAUAGCAAAGCUGGCUGCAGGUGACGGGAACAUUAAAGACGCCUCUCGAUAUCACAUCCUGCUGAUCCUCACUGACGGUGUGGUGACAGAUAUGGCCGACACGCGGGAAGCCAUCGUUCGAGCCUCAUACCAGCCGCUCUCCAUAAUCAUUGUUGGCGUGGGAAACGCUGACUUCACAGACAUGCAGAUACUGGACGGAGACGACGGAGUUCUGCGCUCACCUAAAGGGGAGCCUGUCCUCAGGGACAUCGUGCAGUUUGUGCCCUUCAGAGACUUCAAAACGGCUUCUCCGGCGGCUUUGGCCAAAUGUGUCUUGGCGGAGGUGCCCAACCAAGUGGUGGAGUAUUACAGCCAUAAGGCCAUCUCACCCAUGUGUCCAGCCCAGGACUUACCCACCCCCAUCCUCACCCCUGUUGCCAGCACCCCGACAGAGUGAGGACGCCGCCCCGUCGAGGGCGCCGGGCUUUGACCGCAGCACCAGUCCAGCACACCCAUGAGGCGCAUGAGGUUCUGGAUGAUAAAUGAAACCUAUUUUUUCUCACCAUCUAUCAGUCUGUACAUGAGGGAUGUGAGGAUAGAAGCUGUGAGGCGCGUUUGUCUUAUGGUCAGCAGUUCUCUCUGACGGUGAUCGUCCCCAUUCAUCUAAGGCGUCUUAGUUGACACGCUCAUUCAUUCUAAUGGUUAUUCCGUUCAAACACUGUUGUCAUUUACGGUGAUUUGUGUCUUAAACAUCGGAUUCUCGCGACGUACUUCAAAUCCGGCAGAUUGCUUCCAUAACAAGGCUUCAGUUUAUUGUCACAUGCUGGUGAGUAAAUGGAGGAGAAUACACAGUUCUCUAUUCGAAGACAGCUAUCUCUGUAAAAUAAGUGUUCCCAAAUAAUGUUCCCAAAGCAACCAUGGUUUUCCAACCCCAGCUCUCACAGGCCAUGUGAGAACUAUCAUGACUUCCGGACUUUUGUGCGGUCCAUGAGUGAGUGACCUUGGUGGAAUCAGUUUUCAAAGACACAUGUGUUUCAGAACAGCAGGUCUUUAUGUUCAAAUUGUAUUUUCAUCUCCAAUAUUUUGGUUUCAUCGUUUCCUUCUUGAAGUUCAUAUGAACAAGAACUUCUCAUCAUACUGAGCAUUUGACAGUCGGAUUAUUCUACAUGACACAAGACAGAUCCAGAUGAUCAAUGUUUCAUGAUCAGUUCACCAAAAUUUGCUGCCUUUUUUUUUUUUUUUAAAUCGUGUGUCAGAACAACGGAGGUUUUCAGUGUGUAUCACACAGAGAAGUGCAUCAGAAAACAGUGAAACAUACAGUGAUUCAUAUGUUUUGCAUCACAUUUGCAUUGCAACAGACGUCAGGUGGCAGUUUAGUGACAUCUUGCGUGAAAAGUAGAAUGUAACAUUAGUCACAGACCCCUCAGCAUCUGCACUCCAUGGUACCACCUGAGACUCUGCCUCGGUCUUCCAUCUGCACAGGCUCUGUACUCUCACCCAUUAUGGAUGUUACCAAUCCAACGAAAGGUCAUUUUCACUGUCGUAACAUCCUGCUGUGAUCACACCUUUCUAUGUGCUUGUAUGCUUCUACUCUUCAUUUAAGUUGCAUGAGUGAUGGCAAAUGCUACUAAGAGGGUGAAUGUUUUUGCUGUUCCAAACAAGGCGUGGGCAGAGAGGAGAAAAGCUUAUUGGAACUAGUGAGAGUGGUGUACAUGUACCAUAGAGAUGGGUGAUCACAGCCUGCUUCAAAAAGGAGGCAAAGCAGGAGCCUGGUAGUCCAUAUGAAUGGGUGAUACAUGCCAUGAAAACAGCCAUUCAGUGGAGUGAUAACAUGGCAAUGGAGUGAUCCUCACUCCUCCCCCAUCCCAGCUAGAAUGGGCCUCAGUGACACUCGGUAUUGACUGUAACACUUAUCCAUCUUCAGUGUUGCAAACAUUCAUUUGCCUUGUUCAAGAGUAGAAGGUAGCAGUCAACACAAAACCUGAGUGCCUUCACCAAUGAACAAGCUCUUUUGUGACAGAUUGUAACAAUAGACAAAACACCUUUUUUUUUUCAGUGGCGAUAGACUUGAAGUUUUGUUCAACUGUAGAUGCGAUAUGUGCCAAAGUUGUUGUUAAAAUGGCUUGGUAUUAGGGGGAAGUGGCUCUGAGACAAGCUGUGAAAAUAACACUUUGUGCCACGAGAAGAGUUUCACAUUGACCCACAGAAAGUAUGAGACACAUUAUUUAUGAAUUCUCCUUCAAACAUAAAGUGAUAGCUUCCGAACGUGAUGCUAAACUACUUCCAACAAAAGAAAAAAAUGUCUUAAUAUUGUGAAGUGAAAAAACACACAGCUCCCACAGCCCGCUCAGAUUUGUUGCUCGAUACUCUGCUGGUUAAUCAAAGUAUGAGUUUAAAUAUCUAAGUGUAGUCCCUCUUAUCUAAAUGGUGGAAACAGUGUUUAUAAAAGCAAGUGAAACACUCGAGCUCCCGCUGCAAAUCUGACUGACAUUGAUUUGUCCUCUGGAAACUCGGCAGCUCUCCCUAGAUACAAACUAUUGACGUGUGAAAGCACCUCCGCACAUCUGCGGCUGGCUGUUCUCUCAACUCUUUGAAGAACAUAUGUGCUCUGUUUUUUCCCCUGAAGAUCACAAACACUGAGGCCGAUCGAUCGGGCUGGUGCUUGAUUCCGAGUCGCACACGCUCGAAUGCAAACAAUGCUUGAAGAAGGAUAAUACUAUUUAAAACAGAGCUGUUAUGUCAUUUAAACCACUGAAAUUUGGAUUAUUUUACUAGAAUAUUUAGGCAAUGAUUAUGCAAUAGCACCCAAACCCCCUUCCAGUCCCCCCAGCUCUUUGAAAUGACUGUGGUUAGAUUAUUUAUAUCAGGUGUUGUGCACACUCUAAGCAUCAAUCCAAAGACCCUGCGCAUGAGAAUGAAGAGAAGCUGAGGAGACGGAGGUAUGAGCUGGUGAGAAGAGGAGAGGAAGUCAGUUCUAGCAAGUCAGGAUAGGGUGGAAUAGAUGCAAAGGACUGACCGAUGACUGAAGAGUAGGUGAGCAUUUUCAUCGGAAUUAAGUUGAAAUUGAAAUGGUUUAAAUACAUACAGAGGACAUGUUGAAUAAGGAAUGUUUGAGAUGGCAAAAGGAGAAGAGGAAUGCAGCCAAUGACAUUAAUGGAUGUGGUGAAUGAGGACAUGAGGAGCAGUAGGUGACUAGGGAGGAUGAUAAUGGAGGAGGAGGCUGACAUGCUCUGGCAUCCCCUGAUGGAAAUCUCUAUCUGUAACAAGACCCCUUUCUGAACUAGCAGCAAAAAUAUCUACAAAUUCAUUCCAGCGGAAUCAUGUUGUAAUGGAACAGUACUGUAAACCGGUCUGCCGCUGUGGUUUUUGCUCAUUGUUUUUGACUCAAGUUUUGUGCAGGUUUUUAAUCUGAAUGAACCACACUGAGGUUGAGUUAACUUGCGAUUAAUAGCAAAUGAAUCCCACAUUUUGUAUCUGUUCUAAAUGUAACUUGAAGGAAGAGGAGUGGCCAAUCAUGCUUUUCUCAUGCAAACAUUUGUUUACUCCAACAACCCACCAUAACAGACACUGUCCAGAACAUUCUUGAGAAUCACCUCAGAGGCUCUGGAGACUCUGGUGUUAUUGGCCGCUCUGGUGUUGACAACAUCUUCCUUUAAGUUACAUUUAAAGCAGAAACAACAUAUCAGAUUAAUUUGCCAUUAACCAUGAGUUAACUCAGCUCUCGCACGAUUAAUUGAGUAAAUGUAAAAUAUACCUAUCUAAAAUAUGAACCUUAAGUUUCCAAGAAGUGAAACAUGGAAAUGAGACACGUGAUCAGCAUUUUUUUUUAAAAAUUUAAAUGGUGAUGGUGGUCGAAGAUUAUUCGCAGAAUUAGAUGAAGAAUGAAGCAUUUCAUCAAGUCAUUAACCGCCUGGUUAUUAAGACCAGCAGCGGCUCACCAUUAACAUAGUCCUUUCUCCAGUGGCUGCAGUCAGAUUCUUCAUCGCUCAUGUCUUGUUCUCCUGACCAGAGCAGAUUAAAACCAACACACAGUUUGUUUCCCUCGGAGGCAAAGCAGCUCACAUUUUCAUAUCUGAAAACAGCAGCUCUGCUAAGAUUUGUGCUUUACACAGCAAUCCACUCGCGGUAUUACCGCCGUGUUGUUUCUCAGCCUCGGGUCAUAAUCCGCCUCGGCAGCAAUUCCUCAUUAUUCCCCUCGUUCUACCUUUUUCAUUGUGUGUAAUUUUCCAGGGGAAGCACAAGUUAUACAGAAACAAAACUAUAAUUAUGAACUGUUUUGCACGGCACAAACAAGGAAGUUUUGAAAUGGAGUCGAGCCAAGGCUGGUCUGAGAACAGCUGAAAAUCAGUAUGUAUUCUACCCAACGUGGCAACAGAUGCGGUUUAUUAUGCGAAACAUUUCUCUGCUGGCUCACACUUGUGUUUCUUUUUUUUUCUUUUCACAGAGUGACUCACUAAAUAGCUAGUUCCCCAUUACCAGCUCAUCACUGCACACAGCAAAUACAAUACACACAGUCGUGAGAUCUCUUCUGUGUCUGCGCCUGACUUAUGGGACACGCUUAUUAACAAAUAUAUUCUAAGUAUGCAUUUUCAUUUAUUGCCCGUCUUUGAGAUUUAAUAAUUCAACUACAGUGAUUUGUGCUUAGAAGAGAGUUAAGGCCCAUUGAUGCUCCCUUUGCCCAUUGAUGUCCACCAGGGGGAGCAGCCCAGAGUCAAAAGUUUAUGCCAACAACAAACUCCAAAACCAACAUGGCAACUGUGGAGUCAGUAUUGUACCUCUUGCACAAAAGAGGAAACAGAGGCAGCGUUGUAGGAGGCGGUGAGGCUGUUCGAAGGGAGGCCAGAAAGCAGAGAGAGACAAAAUAUUGGCAGGUGGGGACACCAGGGGGAAAAUAGCCAAUGAGGUUCAUGGAUGUGGUUGAGGAUAGGUGACAACAGACCUUCCAAUAAUCCAACAUAAAUUACAGGGUUGCUGUGAUCCUGAGGCAGAUUUGUUUUGUAUCUUAAAAGUCAAAACACUGUUUUGUUUUUUGAAGUGUUUGCUACUGGUAAGCUUCACCAGCCGUUAGCAACGCUGCCUUCAAUGAAUUGUGUCCUGAAAUCCCAUACAUAAUUCAUCCUAUAUCUCAUGUUUAAAGUGCUUCAAUAACCACAAUUAAAGUGCUUCAAUAACCACAAUUUCACCUCAGCUCUCAUCAGUUCAAGAGAACCUGCUGCAUUGUGGCACGACAAGAGAGAAGCCUGGGAACCGCUCAGUUCCCUCAUGUACCGAACCGCUGACCAACAAAGAGAAGCAUUUUCCUCUCAGAAUGAAAAGUCCCAGGUGGCCGCUCUCAUUCCAACAUACUGUUAUUCUGCGCUGGAUUUGCAGUGGAACCACUCAAAUAUGCAACUGGUGUAAUUGUGGGUUCAAAGGGACGGAUGUAUCGUCAGUAAAUAUUUGAUUUCCUAUAGGGAAGAAAGGGUUUGCUGCAUGCUAAUGCUCACUGUUGUGCUGUGCUGUCAUUCAUUUGGAUUUUAUGAUAUGCUAAUAUGCAAGUCUGUAUUUGCACAAACCUCUGUUGUACUUUAUGUUUGUCUUGCAAUUGUUUCAAUAAAUUGCAUAA